AUGGCGGACAACGUCUACGAGGCUUGCGCAGAUGUUCUAUCUCUCUUCCAGUCAAUGCAAGAUGACUUGGCGGCCAUCCUCGACCCCGAAACAGGAUUUGCGCCUCAGUUAAGAGCAAUCUGUCGAAACCUGAUAGCAGAGUACGAGGAGCAAACCCCCGACCACGUAGCUGGCAGUAUAUUGGACCUCUUGCGGUUAGAGGAGAAUACUUGGGGAUUGCUUCAAGCUGUGAUGCCCGCCCGAAAGACAGAAUUUCCUCAAUUCGACUCUGCACGCGAUUUACUGCAAGAAAAUCCCUACACGCCGACGUCGACCGUCGCACAGGCUAUCAUGAAUGCCUCGCCACUCCUCUCUGAACUUAUUGUGAUACGCGAAUGGCUGCAAGAGACGGCACCUGCGCCACAACAUCCUGAAGCCACCACUGGGUAUUGGACAUUUACGAAACAUAACGUCGUCCAAGCUGCUCGAACGGCAGCCGGGGCCAGGGGCGGUCUUGUCAAGGAGCUGGAUCCAGAUGCCUUGAAUCGAGGAGAUGGAAGGGCUUUGGCUUCGGAUGAUGCGAACUUUGAAAAAAAUCUCACUCAAGCAUUGUAUUCGUUCGUUCGGGCAGGCCGGCUGGAAGAGGCAAUUGAACUAUGUAGAAAGGCGCACCAACCCUGGAGGGCAGCUAGUAUACGUGGGUCACGAUUGUUUCAGUGGCGUUUACUAUGUAAGAACUCGCUUGCUGGUGACGAGUCUGAUGAGGAUGAUCCUGAUAUGUGGAUAGGAAAUCGGAAUCGCCGGUUGUGGAAAACAACGUGUACACGAGCCGCCCUAAAUACCAACCUACCAGAACACGAAAGAGUGCUAUAUGCCGCGCUUGCGCCUUCGCCGCAAACUUUCGGUGUACUGAAAUCGGCGUGUCGCACGUGGGAGGACUACCUAUGGGCGCAUGUCAGUAUUAUGUGUGAAGAGAAGGAGUCGAUGGAGAUGAACAAACUCGGCGGAUGUUUCUGGGAAGGUGGGAAGACUGCUGUGGAAAAAGGUGUUGCGGUGAUCUCCGAAGACAAACAGGAAGAGGAGGAGGAGGAGUGGCAGAAAGAGGUUUGUCAGGUGCUAGAAGGACUACGUACUGUACCUGUGGAAGAUGGACCCAGUGCCGGCCAUCCGUUACAUUUCUCCCAGCUGCACAUAAUACUGGAUCGGACGAGUGUGCUUUUGACUACAUUCUCUGACGGUUUGAAACAAGGCUUGUACCAGAGAUCGUCAUUGGAAUAUGCCCCAAUGUGCCGAUUUUUCGCCCACCUAUGUCUCUUUUUGCAAAUGAUAGAAAUCGCUGUCCCGCCUGCUGCUGUACAGACGAUUCUGGAAGCGUAUCUCCAAGUUCUUGAGGCUGCCGGUCAAAGAGACCUCAUUGCGAUGUACGCGGGUGCUUUGGGAGAUAACGCUAUCAACAGAUAUGCAGUCUUCCUAGUCUCACUAGACCUGACCGCGGAUCCUGCUGAGAGACGGCAGGCUUUAACACGGGCGCGGGAACAUGGACUCGAUGUGGAUCGAGUGGCAGUCGCCACUGCUGAGCAGACUAUCGUCAAGGCCUUCGAUCUUCUGCCUCUCGUCAGAGGAUCUUUGCCUUCGCUUGCUACUUUGCAGACAUCGCCCACUGAUGCACAGCUGCUACUAUUGAGGUCGAUUGAGUGGACAACGUUCAUGGAAUCGACAUACGAUACAGCUCUGGAGCAAGCGAAUGUGAUUCUUCGUUAUUUCUUGGCAUCUGGAAGAGUGCAAGUCGCGCAACAGCUCCUUGGGAUGCUACCCUUGGACUUGGCAUCUAUCAGUGAACCGGAGGAACAAGCGACGGAGUACCUAUACUACCGGCAGUUCUUUGUGAUAUGGGAGGCGCUGGAGAGGGUGGUCGAGAUCCAAGCUAUGGAAGUGUUGCAGAUGAGUAAGGAUUCGAGAAAUGAUUGGCUGGUGGAUUACAAGUCGUCGAUCGAUCAAGCAAAGUUUCUCAUCAUGAAAUUGUUGACUUCGGAGUGGCUUGUGUCGGAGAACGACUUGUCCAACGUAGACCAGCGUAAGAAGGAUCUCAUACGGAUUCGCCAGAUAUAUAUUCCUGAGCUGAUCAUACGGCUGCAUUAUCUGUUAUUCAAUUCACGACAGUUGUUCCCCGAGAACAUGAGGCAAACUCUGGAGCUCGUCAACAUUGUCGCUGAUUCAAGGUACAAGCUAUACAGCGACUUUGUCAAUGAGGACGGGCGGCGAUUGGGUGACUAUUUGGCUACGGUGAGGCAGGGUGUGUUGGGUGGACUGGAGGGUGGGGGUUCGGACCCAUUUAGGGUAUUGAUGAACUAA